AUGACUACCACAUUUAAUGUUUCUGAAGUAGAACCAUGUAUAAAAGAUCACUCUCAUGCCAAAUUCGAAGAAGAAUUAAAACGAUGGAUGCCAAAACAACAACCACCAUUAUUUUCAACAUUAGAAAAAGAUCCUCCCGUUAAACCGACACAAGAAACUCUCUUGUUUGAGAAUGGUCAAACAAAUUAUCCUUUGAUUGAACUUGAUCAUCGCGUUAACAAUGCAUUCAUUGCUACAAUUUACAAAGCCUACUGCGAACAUUAUCGAUUGGAAUUAUCGGUUGAAGAUUUUUGGGCGGCAAUUGCUCAGGGAGUUAGUAUUCAUUUGAAUGAAAAUGCAGAGAAAUUUCGUUCUCUAUUUGUGUCUCAUGAAGGACAGAAAGAAUUGACUUUGGCUGUUGAUUCUCUAAGAAUACCGGAUUCUGAGCGUCCAUCAAUUGGAAACAAAAAUGUACCGGGUAUUAAUUGGCCACUAGCCGUUAAUCAAAUGGGCGAAUUAAUAAAGAAGGAUAUGAAAACCGAUUUUGCUCAGUUAAUGACAAUACCCUUUUCACAGACAAGUCCAAUUGAGCAAGCUGUUUUCGAUUGCACAUUAAUGGACUCGGUUAAAGCUUACUACAGUUAUCGAUUUAGUCUCUGCUGCGGCAUCCCAGAAGUAACACUGCGUGGUUCUCCUGAUGACUGGCAGUCAGUGAUUGAUCGUGUAAAUACAUUGAAAGCCUAUUUUAAUGAUUUUCAUUGGUGGUUCGAUUCAAUAUUGCCCCAUUUAGAAAAACUGAAAGAGAGCGCUCAAGGAAAACCGGACAAAGAGUGGUGGUCGAAAAUCUGUCACCAUGUAGGUGGUGGAUCAGACAUUUCAAUGAUAAGUGGUUGGUUGGCUGAUUUUGUUCCAUAUGCUGAUGACGGAAAAGGGCAUUAUACAAAAGCAAGACACAAUCAUCGUCACUACACUCAAGGAUUAAUCAAUGGCAUCGAAUUUUCUGAUUUAAAGGAAAGUGUAACAAAGACCGAUUUUCUUCUUGACGACAAUGGUCACAUCACAAAAAUGAAGCUUAUCUCUGGUUUUCUUGGUGUUGCGCAAAAUCCUGAAACGAAAGCAUUACGUCCAAGCAUGGGUUGGUUGACGGCAGUGAAACAAGAAAGUUGA